AACCCAUUCAAAAUGCAAACCAAAUUAUAUAUUUUUAUUGCGACACUUUUUGCAGCUAAUGCUGCACCAGCACCAUCAACUCCUGAGUUAAAAACACUUCCAAGUGCACAAAAUUCAGUUGGACCAACGGGAUUACAAGGUGUAUCUAUUCCAAUUUCACCUGGCAGUUUAUAUCCAUCCGCUUAUACGCCUGAUUUAACUGGAGUUCAAACACUACCUUCAAUUCCUUUAAAUAUUCCCUCCUCAAUUCCUUCAUCGUUCCCUUCAACAUUCCCUUCAACACUCCCAUCAUCAUUUCCUUCAUCAUUCCCUUCAUCAUUCCCUUCAUCAUUCCCUUCAUCAUUUCCUUCAUCAUACCCUUCAAUAUUACCUACAUCAUUUCCUUCAACUUUAUCUUCAGCUUUCCCAUCAACUUUCCCUUCAACUUAUUCACCAAGUUUAGGUUCAUAUCCAAGUUUUGGAAGUUAUCCUAGUUUAGGAGGGUUCGGAGGAAGCUUCGGAGGAUACAAUCCAUGCACGUAUACCAAUCCACUUCCGGUUCAAACGAUGGGAUGUGGUGGAAUUGGAACACCAUACGCCGGAUAAUAUAGUUAUUUUUAUUGUUUUGUGAAAAUAUUUUUAUGUAAAUUACGUAAUUGAGAUUAAAUUGAAUGAUCUUUAACCUUUCUUUCAUGACCUUUAAAUUUUUAUACAAUAAUGAUUUAAUUUUAAUCUUAUAUUUAGAAUGUGACAAUUUCUUUAUCUUAUUAUUAAAAUAAAAAUCGUUGUAUAAUUUGAAA